AUGAAAUCUCUGUUCAAGUGGGUGACAGUCUGGGCACCAACACCUCAGCCUACUGAGGAGGCAGAUAUGCCAUCCUGUCUAUUUACGCAGCAUGAGGUUGCUUUUCAGAAUACCACCAUCCGACAGACUUUGAGGGUGACAGCAGGCGGGGACUAUAUCCGGAUUCGCCUGACGAACCUGUUUGGGCUGGAGAUAUUGCACAUCUCAAGCGUUGUGAUUGCUGUUCCUCGGCCGCAUGACUCACUCAAUCCCGGUGGUUCUCCCUCUAUCAUUAAGGGCACAGCACAGCAGGUUUUGUUUGAUGGCGAACAACCGACCUCAGUGCCUGGCGGCUCCCACGUGGUAUCAGACUCUCUCAAAUUUCCAGCCAAGGCGGGACAAGUCCUGUCAAUUACCAUCUUUCUCCAGAAAGGCCAUCAUUCUCAACAAAUAACCUCCCAUCCUGGAAGUCGCACAGACUCCUGGCUUUGUCAUGGCGACCAGUCGAUGGCAUCUGAACUCUCCGGCCCUGACUUGCAGUCGUCGACACAUUGGUAUUUCCUCUCUGGAGUCGAAAUAUGUCUAGAUGCUGCUCAUCAUGGAACCCUGGUUCUUUUGGGCGAUAGCAUAACCGACGGACGCUGUAGCACGGAUAAUGCAAAUAACCGCUGGCCUGACCUUUUAUUUGAACGCAUGCAGCGGCAUCCAUACGCGCAGAAUAUUGCAAUCAUUAACCAGGCCGUGGGCGGUGGAAAGGUUCUACAAGAUGGAAAAGGACCAAGUCUUUUGAGUCGCCUGGAUCGCGACGCUAUUGCUCAGCCAGGUCGACGUUACAUCCUAGUUUUCCAUGGAGUAAACGACCUUGGAACGGCGGGUUCUGACAUAGUAUCCUUGCAGGAGGUCACAAGGGCUCUCAAAAAGGCUUAUCGCCAGAUUGUCUCGCGCUGCCAUGCGCACGAUUUGCAUGUCUUGGGUGCCACUAUUGGGCCGAUGGGUGGUAACGAACCUUAUGGAACCUGCGAACUGCGUGAAAGAGCGCGCCAGGAUGUGAACGAUUGGAUCAGGACGUCUGGCGUAUUUGACGCAGUGGUAGACUUUGACUAUGUCCUGCGAUCUACUAAAGAUGUUGGUCGAUUGAAGGAAGAGUACGACUCUGGAGACCACUUGCACCCAAACGUUGCAGCGUUCCAAGCGAUGGCAGCUGCCUUUCCAUUGGACGUAUUUAAGCCAUUCGACCCAUUUGAGACUUCUCGCUAA